AUAACAUGCUCACUGAGCAUGAAAUUGUUUAAUAAAAAAUUUGAUGAGACCACUUUACAGGACUAGUAAUAACGAUUCUUCCAUUCUUUGAGAAAUGUAUUUAAACUCUUUGAGAAUUUAGUAAUGUCUUUACCAUAAAAAUAUUAUUUUUUUUAUUUUAUAUAAGUUUUUGAUGAAAUAUCUGUAUUUUACAUUUAGUUAAAAAUAUUGUCAAAGUGUGGCGCUGCUUACCAAUAAGUUGUAAGAACGUUAAAAGCCACUGUAUUUUUACGCCAUGUUUAAGUCCUCAGCUAUGCAGCAAACGGUCUUUAUAAUAUGAUUUAUAUUUUACUUCCAGCAAAUAGUUGGACUCUUUAUUGCAUAAUUAUAUAAAAUCUAUGUUUAUAAAACAUAUAUCCUGUACUUCUAUUUCCUAUAACAUCUGCACGCUUACGUGUUCUGCGAUCUCAACCAUGUGCAUCAUCAGAAAAAUAGCAUCAUUCUUGAGUUGGAUAGUCUUAGGCACCUUCCCGAUCGGAUUAUGUACAGCAGAUAGUCCUAAAAUCAAGAAAUUCAAUUUUGAAGAUAAUAUUAAAGAAGGUGAUGUAGCAUCAGUGAUGUGUUUAGCAACUUCUGCUGUUAAACCUGUAAAGUUUCAAUGGGAAAAGAACGGCCAACCUAUAUCCGAUUAUGCUAAAACUGCCCGAAUCGAAGAUGGAACUAGUCAUUCUGUGCUAGUAUUCGAUUCGGUGCAGUUCUCCGAUUAUGGAAAUUACACUUGUAUUGCUUCAAAUGCAGCUGGAAGUGAUAGAUUUACAGCCCAGUUGCAUGUAAAAGCGCCUCCGAAAUGGGAAGAAGAGCCAAAAAGUAUCAUAACUAAGGUCGGAGAUGCUAUAAACAUCAAUUGCAUAGCUUCCGGUUCACCUGAACCUAAGAUUUCUUGGAGAAAAGUAUCAG